AAGUCUGUCCUCAUUCUGGUUUCAAAAUUGCUCUGAGCUUUAGUGUGACAGUUACCCUGCUUCCUCUCCCUCCCCACCAUGGCCAAGGUCACUGAGAGCACAAAACAGUAUCUCUUGCCUGAAGAUGACCUUAGGCUGCUGGGCUGCUUUGAGAUUCGUCUUGAGUGCACAGCUAAUGCCCCGCCAGCACAGGUGUGGACUUGCUGGUGCUAAACAAGGUCCUAAACAAAUGAUACAACAACAGCGAUGAGUUUCUGCAAAACAUCCACAAGAAGUUGAAAGCAUAAAAGGUACCUGCCCCAAAUGAUGGAAUUGACAGCCAUAUGCUGGUGGAAUACACUGCAGCACGUGAUUGGAAGAAGAUGAUGGUGAUUUCCAGCGAGAGAAUAUCGUGUUUACACAAUUUAGGCAGGAGUACAUCCAAGAAUUAUUCCAUUUCACUGUUUUUUGCUGGUUGUAAACACAGAAGCUCUUUUAGGAACAGGCUCUGCAGUAGAAGCGGAAGUUUAGGAGGGAUCUAAAUGAGGUUGGGACUCAGAGUACUGUGUCCUAGUCACAAAGAGAGGCAGAGACGCAGAGGGGACUGUCGGCUGGUGCAGGCGGAACCAAAAGAUAUUUAAUCAGCAAUUAGAAACACCUGAGGGCAAGGGAAAUUCUACUCCAGCCUCGAGCUUUAUCUCUCAGCCUGCAGCAUGACCCCUGCCUCAUUCACUGCAUACGAUGGACAUGCUCUGAGAUAAAUCAGAGUUGCACAAUGAAAAAGACCAUCUGUAGGACCCCUGCCUCAUUUGUCAGACAGCAAGAUGCAGCACGUGUGCUGGGUGGCAGCCAUCAAUGAGAGCUGGUUUCCCCAUGGGAUAUGCAGACCUGGACUAUCAAAGCUGCUCGGCAGAAUGGCCACAGAGGAGCGGCACCUCUCCUCCAGCUGUGGGUCCUUCAUCAAGACCGAGCCCUCCAGCCCAUCUUCUGGCAUCGACGCCAUCAGCCACCACAGCCCAAGUGGCUCCUCCGAUGCUAGCGGUGGCUACGGCAUCGCCAUGGGUGGCCACCCCAAUGGCCUAGACUCACCACCCAUGUUCAAUGGCACAGGGAUUGGUGGUGGGUCCUGCCGCAAGCGUUACGAUGACUGCGCCAGUGCCAUCAUGGAGGACUCACCCACCAAGUGCGAGUACAUGCUCAAUGCAAUUCCCAAGCGGCUAUGCCUGGUGUGCGGGGACAUUGCUUCUGGGUACCAUUACGGCGUGGCUUCCUGUGAGGCAUGCAAAGCCUUCUUCAAAAGGACUAUUCAAGGGAAUAUUGAAUACAGCUGCCCGGCCACAAACGAAUGUGAGAUCACGAAACGGAGGCGCAAGUCCUGUCAGGCCUGUCGCUUCAUGAAAUGCCUCAAAGUGGGGAUGCUAAAAGAAGGUGUUCGUCUGGAUCGAGUCCGUGGAGGCCGUCAGAAAUACAAAAGGAGACUGGAUUCUGAGAGCAGCACUUAUCUGAGCUUACAGAUCCCUCCCCCAGCUAAAAAACCAUUGACUAAGAUCGUCUCCCACUUGCUGGUGGCUGAGCCAGAGAAGAUUUAUGCCAUGCCUGAUCCAACCAUGCCGGAGAGUGACAUCAAAGCCCUGACAACCCUCUGUGACCUGGCAGACAGAGAACUGGUGGUGAUCAUUGGCUGGGCUAAGCACAUCCCAGGGUUCUCCAACCUCUCCCUUGGGGACCAGAUGAGCCUCCUGCAGAGCGCUUGGAUGGAAAUCCUCAUCCUGGGCAUUGUGUACCGUUCCCUGCCAUAUGAAGACAAGCUUGUCUAUGCUGAGGACUACAUCAUGGAUGAAGAGCACUCUCGUCUGACGGGGCUGCUGGAGCUUUACCUGGCCAUCCUACAGCUGGUGCGCCGCUACAAGAAGCUCAAGGUGGAAAAGGAGGAGUUUGUCACGCUCAAAGCUCUGGCCCUUGCCAACUCAGAUUCCAUGCACAUAGAGGACAUGGAUGCUGUGCAGAAACUCCAGGACCUUCUCCAUGAAGCCCUGCAGGACUACGAGCUGAGUCAGCGCAACGAGGAGCCCAGGCGAGCAGGCAAGCUGCUCCUGACCUUGCCCCUCCUGCGGCAGACAGCCGCCAAAGCUGUGCAGCACUUCUACAGCAUCAAACUUCAGGGCAAGGUUCCCAUGCAUAAACUCUUCCUAGAAAUGUUAGAGGCAAAGGUCUGACAGCCCCAGCGCCAGCUGACAGUGGCCGGGGAACAAACAACUAGAAACAAAGAUGCAGACAACGGAGCAAUCCAAACAGCAGCAGCAGUCACCGCCGGCUUUUAUCUCCAGUCAUUUAUUAUGGAAGAAUUAUUUAAUGUCUAUCUGCCGGCGUGACUGCAGAAUCUCAUGUACAGGAGGGGGAAACUUUUAAUCAGUCACCCGUUUCUCUUUUUUUUGUUUGUUUUCUCUGUGGAAAGUACCAGAAUAUGCUCUUGCACUUGUUGAGGCGGUCAUCGGGGCUCAGUCCCACUGAGCUGUGAUGCUCUCAGCACUGUCCAGGCCGCCUGCUCCCCAGCUCCCUCCACCUGUGCUUGAGGGGGAGUGGGAACAGAAGCAGGAAGAGAGGAAGAAUAGAGUCAAUAUAAACAUUAUCUGCUGGUGUUGUGAGGGGUCGGAUAGAAAGGGAAGCAGCCAGGGUCCUUCUUUUUGUCACCUUUCUGGCUCUUACAUACAGCAGAUGCUCCUUUGGAGAAGAGCACUGCUGGAACUCUGCUGAUCAAAACAGCUGCUCCCAGGCCACCCCUCUAGCAACAGCUAACACUUGUACAUACAGGCCCCACUUCUUACCGGGAAAGAUGCUCCUAACUGUGUAAGAUAUUCUGCGACCUUGUACAGUGUGUCAUUAUGCCUGGCUAGUCCCUCCCAUGUACAAUCCCUGCAGGCCCCUGAAGAGGUAGGAUAUAUGUCCCUGAGAGAAUGCAAGUCUGCUUUCCCAAAUGGCAAGGAAAAAAGAGUCCUAUAUGAUGCCUCAGAGCUGGAUUGACUUGAUAAUCUCUGCAUCCUCUCCUAUGUGGUGCUAACUCCAAUUCUUCCACACUUUUCACCGUAUAGUGUGUCAAACCUGCCUCUUCAGCUCAGCCGAGUGCCAUUUCCCACUUCUUCCUUGUGGCAGAGAACACAAGGCUUUGUCUGCAUGGUUACUGCCCAAGUAUAAAUGCACCCCAAAACAGAGCUUUCCUAGACCUCAUUAAAGUGAUAGCUUUUUGCCUUCCCAGAGACUUAGGCUUAUUGCCAAAUGCUAGUUAGGAAUCAAGGGCACUGCUUUUUUGAGGAGGCAGCUCUUGAGUCUGAGAGAUUGCUUUUUUUUUGUGGCAGCCUAUGGAAAUAAAUUAGAGGAUGGCAUGAAACCCCUGAUAUCCCAACUACUGUCUUCCCCUGCCUCAUCCCAUUAUCCUCAACAGCAGCAAAAGAGCUAGCAUAGAUAAUACCUGGGCCUAGUGAGAGGUUUUCUCGUUGAUGGGAAAGCAAAUACUUGAC